CAGCUGCAAAAACACAGAGGAGGAGCGAGACUGAUUCCGAUCCGCGUAUUCGCCGCUAGUCCCGGGUUUUACAUAUCUCCUUUACAAUUAGCCCAGUUGCUUGAAAUUUUUAUAUCUUUGAAAUAGAGGGCCAUAUAGUCUUUAAAAAAAAUGAAGAUUUAGAAACUCAAAGCAAUUCCAAUAAGCAUUAAUAGCGGGGAAACAUGAAGCACCCGCGAAUGUGGACUGCCCUCUGCCUCAUGACCGUCUUCUAUCAACUAGGGAGCUCUGCCAAUAGAUACGGUUGUCUAUUUGAGAAACGAUUGUGUUCACGACAGGAACUCUGCCUUAAUGAUGGCUUGUUUGGUCGCUGCCAGGAUCCCUUGACUCGUGAGAGGGUGCUGUACGAGGUGUCGGUCCCUGUGCUCCAGAGACUGCAGGAGGUGCUCAAGCAGCUCAUGAUGCAAGGCUUGUCGUGGCAAGAUGACAUCACACAGUAUAUCAUCUCCCAGGAGAUGGCCCGGGUCCCUCGAGUGUACUCCUCCCCCUCGCCCAAGGAGGCUGCCAUGGACAAGUCCCUGCAGCCUUCUUCUGGGAAGCUGAGCUACCCGGGGUCCAGGCCUCGCCCUGGGCCUGAUCAGCAGUCCCCCUCCCUGAUCCAACGUUACCUGGACUACAUGGUGCCCGACCCCUACUCCUACCGCAAGUAUGGAUACCAGGACAGUAAGAAGCAGCUGGGUGCUCUCAAUGCAGGGGACCCCCACCUGGGUCCUCUACAGGGAGGGUCUCGGCAGAGCGACAGAGACCGGCAGCUCCUGCGGGACCUCCUGAUGUUGUAUCUCUCCGGAGGCGACGCCUCGAGCCAGCCUGGGGCAGCAUCCACCCCAUACUACCAGGACGACUACGCACAGGACUACAGGAGGGGCAAGAGCAAGGACCACCUAGACGACUAUGGAGACCUCAGACCUUUGGAUGACCCAGUCAUGCAGAGAUUAAGGGACAUGCUGGACAAACACGGGAUUGACCUUCAAGAUCUGAGUGACCAGCAGCUGGCCAGCCUCUCUGCUGUGCUUCAGCUUCUGCAGGGCGCACAGAGCACAGGUCACUUUGAGGACAAUGCGACCCUGAUUAAAAAGGCCAUGGUCACAGAAGGUCACAUGAUGCACCUGGAUGAGACGGAGACUGACCCUUCAGAGAAGCAGACUGAUCAGAGUGUGGCCCCGGACACUGCGAGCGGCCAGUCUGCCGUCGGGCCCCUGACAGGCAGCCCUGACAGCCCGGAGAAAGAGAGCAAGGGAGGUGUGGAGACCGGCAGCGGGCCCCAGGUGGAGAAUAAGAGUGAUCAGAGUGUGGAGAGCACAGGGACCCCAGCACACCACAAAGAGGAGUACGGCUACAUUGUCACCAAUCAGAAGCCCCUGAGUCUAUUUGAUGGCGUGAGGUUACUGGAAACCCUGGCUGAGAGGAUCCACCUUACCACCAGCACUUUUAUCAACAUCAGUGUUGUGGGUCCAGCUCUGACCUUCCGCAUCAGGCAGAACAAGCAGAACAUGAGCAUGGACGACGUGGCCAACAAAGCUGUGGCUGAGAAGACCUUUUUGGAAUCAGAGACUGGACUGAAGAUCAUACAGACUGGCGUGGGGGAGAGGAACGAAGGCCAUGCUCUUGCGCUGGCUGUGCAGGGUCGAGACACCUCACGCUGGUUGUCCUUGACGCUCAUUGGGGUGGCCUGUGUGGGAGGGAUCCUUCUCACCGCCCUCACCAUCGCCUGUCUGAGACAUCACUUACGGCAACAUGGCGCUGGCAAGCUGGGACUGUGGCCAGAGGGGGGCAGCAACACGCACUUUGAAUACCAGGAGCUGUGUCGUCAGCACAUGGCAGCGAAGACAUCGUUUAGCCGACAGGAGGCGGGGGGCACAGACACCUCCCGGGUCAGCAGCGUCUCCUCACAGUUCAGUGAUGCCCCCCAGGCCAGCCCGAGCUCGCACAGCAGCACCCCCUCCUGGUGUGAGGAGCCAGCGCAGUCCAACAUGGACAUCUCCACCGGGCACAUGAUCCUGGCCUAUAUGGAGGACCACCUGAAGAAUAAGGAUCGCCUUCAGAAGGAGUGGGAGGCACUGUGCUCGUACCAGGCAGAGCCAAGCACCUGCUCUCUAGCACAGAGUGAGGCCAACCUCAAGAAGAACAGGAACCCAGACUUUGUGCCCUAUGACCAUGCUCGAGUGAAACUGAAAGCGGAGAUCAAUCCUUCCAGAACAGAUUUCAUCAAUGCCAGCACGAUAAUUGAACAUGACCCAAAGAUGCCUGCUUACAUCGCCACCCAGGGCCCCCUGUCACACACCAUCGCUGACUUCUGGCAGAUGGUGUGGGAGAAUGGCUGCACCGUGAUAGUGAUGAUGACCCCGCUGGUGGAGGAUGGAGAGAAGCAGUGUGACCGCUACUGGCCUGACGAGGGCUCCUCCCUCUAUCACAUCUAUGAGGUGAACCUGGUUUCAGAACACAUCUGGUGUGAGGAUUUCCUGGUGCGCAGCUUCUACCUGAAGAAUGUCCAGUCCCAGGAAACCCGAACUCUUACCCAGUUUCACUUCCUGAGCUGGCCAGCGCAAGGCAUCCCCACCUCUACACGCCCAUUGCUGGAUUUUCGCAGGAAGGUGAACAAGUGCUACAGGGGCCGUUCCUGUCCAAUUAUUGUACACUGCAGUGAUGGUGCAGGUAGGGCUGGGACCUAUAUCCUGAUUGACAUGGUACUCAACCGAAUGGCUAAAGGAGUGAAGGAGAUUGAUAUUGCAGCCACACUGGAACACAUUCGUGAUCAAAGACCUGGCAUGGUCCGCACAAAGGACCAGUUUGAGUUUGCGCUGACAGCAGUCGCUGAAGAGGUCAAUGCCAUUCUGAAGGCUUUGCCCCAGUGAUUUCAGAGUGAGGUGCAUCAUGAGGUGGGGUGGAGGUUGAGCCGCUAGCAAACCUGACCUGUAAUAUACAGACACCACUACAUGAGCACACAGCACUGCCCCUGCCCUUUUCAUUAAGUGAAGUUAUCCAAACCCAAUCUAUGAAAUAACAAAGCUCAGUGUUGGUUACAAUCUGGGAACUGAUUCAUAUACAGGCAGCAAAGUCCUCACACAAAAUAUUAUGUUAUAUUACAAACCUAUUUUUCUGAUUCUAUACACUUUCCAAUUACAAGUUAAAUAAUUAUGUAUCCAUCCAUGCGUCGUGGACUUUAUGUAGUCAUUUUUAAUCUCCUUCAAUGUAAAGACCUGCUUUUGGAACAGGAUAAAAUAUUAUAGAAACAGACUUCAGGGUGCAGAUUAUAAAGUGAGGGGGUGGAAAAAUAGAAAACAAAAAUAAAACCAAAGUUGUAAUUACUAAUGGAACCAAUUAAAAAAUGUUUACCUGUUACGCAUUUCCAUUGUAAAAAUGACUCCUGACACCACAGAGGUUAAAGAAAACAGGCGCACUGCGUUCAGGCUAUCUAGCUCUUCCGAGCCCAUUUCACUAGAGAAUGAAAUUCUCCCCAGGCAGAAGACUGAUAGCUGUUUGUAACGCAGCAUGGUACCCGAAAUCAUUUAUUUUAAAUGAAAUGCAUGUUUGCUCAAAAAAUGCACAUAUGAUCUACAUUCUGAAUAGGAGUGCAUGACAGAGAACAUUUGUGGAUUUUUUAGGGUUUGUUGCUAGAACUACACUUUGCAAUGUCAAGAGCUCCCAAGUGGGUAAGUAUAGCUUAUAGAAUUACGAAAGCGUUAUCUAGCUGGCUUUACAACCUUUAUUCAGUGAUAAAAGUCAGAAGGCAGUAGGUAAAUAUACUACAGCUGUUGUGUGUUUCAGACUUGCCUCUCAAUUAAAUGACGUUUCUUUAAAAGCAAACAGAAAUGUCAAUGACAAUCAACAUUAACCAGGAGGUUUGUGUUCCGUGUUAUGCCUUUGAUUCAUUUUGUUAUAAAUGUACACAUAGCUUUGCUUUGAGAUAUUUUUGAUUAUGCAUGAAUAUUCAAGGAAUAUAAAUUUUUAAAUUAAGCACAAAAAAGCCCUUUCAUCCAAAUAAUCAAAUAUAAUAAUCAUGUGAUAUAAUGCAGCAAAUGAUUAAUAGAUUACAGUAACCCUAUCUUUGCAAUAGAAAAUAUUCUGCAAUUGAACCAUGCUGUUAUCAUCUUGGUGGAAGUCAAAGCUGCAAGCUGCAUUAGUUCAGAUGGAAAUUCAAGCAGUUUCUUGGGAUACAAGUAUCGUUCUAGGAAGUUUUUCAACAUUGAAAACGAAAGCCGUUUGCAUCCUUUCAGCACUGACUUAGCGUCAAAAUGGAAAUCCAGAUUGCAUUAGCAAAUAUUUCAUACAUUGAUUGUCUCAUAGUAGUGUGCAUUUGAUAGACAAUCAAUAGAGAAAUAAGUAGGGUCUGAUCACAAACACGCCUGUAAGUGGCCUUGUGUUUCUUUUUACAAGUGAUCAACUGUAUAGUGAUUUGAGAGGAAAGUCUGAAAAACAUGUAAAUAAAUAAGUACCAUUGAAUAAUGUGGUUUUAUUGUUUACGAAAAGGAUUCCUACGCAGGUUAUAUAAUAAUUAUGAAAAUCUGUAAAAAAUAAAAAUACACAUUUCCGGGUAUAAAUAAAUAAAUAAUUUUGAACAACCAGAAGAGGCAUAGUUAGAACCAAUAGCCACCAAUAAACCCCUUUAGCACAUACAAGACAGAUAAGUGUAUAGGCUUAGUGGAAUAUUUCAAGUUCUUUUCAAUUUUAUCCAAAAACCUUGAAAAUAUUAGCUUUCACACUCCUUCAAACCUAUCAAA